GAAGAUAUAUGGUGGAAACUUUUAUCUGCUUAAGAGGAAUUCAGGAAACUAAGCAAAACCUUUCCUCAAGUUAUUUCCACUACUAGGAGUAAAAUCUACUGCAGGAGGAAAAGGAUGAAAAGAUGGCUGACUUUUCACUACCGUGUUCUAACCACUUCCGCCAGUUCACGCGUGAAUCUUUGGCUGCUAUUGAGAAGCAAAUUGCUGGCUGUAAGAAAUAUGAAGACCACCAACCUAAAGAGAAACCUCGUCCCCAACUUGACCUGCAGGUUUUCCAAAAGCUGCCUACUCUCUAUGGCAAUCCUCCUCAGGAGCUUGUUGGGAAACCACUGGAGGAUCUUGACCCUUAUUACAAUGAUCACAAGACAUUUAUGGUACUGAACAAAAGGAAAACAAUCUUCCGAUUUACUGCCACACGUGCCUUGUGUAUACUUAGCCCUUUUCAUCCGAUCAGAAGAGCAGUGAUUAAAAUUUUGGUACAUUCAUUGUUCACUAUUUUUAUUAUGUGCACUAUUUUAAUCAAUUGUGUCUUCAUGGCUAUAUUUGAGACUCCUAGGAAGUCUAAGUCAUCCGCACCUCCUCCAUGGAACAAGUAUGUCGAGUACACUUUCACAGCCAUUUACACUUUUGAAGUAUUGAUAAAAAUAUUGGCAAGAGGAUUGUGUCUGAAUGAAUUCACCUUCCUUCGAGAUCCGUGGAAUUGGUUGGAUUUCAGUGUCAUUGUUAUGGCAUAUGCAGGGGAGUUUAGUGAUCUAGGCAAUGUUUCGGUACUUCGUACGUUCAGGGUUCUGAGAGCUUUAAAAACUAUUUCAAUACUCCCAGGACUGAAGGUCAUUGUAGGUACACUUAUCCAGUCUAUUAAGAAACUUGCUGAUGUGAUGAUCCUGACUGUUUUCUGCUUGAGUGUCUUUGCCCUCAUAGGCCUCCAGCUCUUUAAAGGCAAUUUGAGACAUAAGUGUGUCAGGGAUUUUAACUCCACCAAUGGAACUAUUUAUUUGGAUGACAAAAAAUGGGGCUCCUUUGAUGAGUUUAUUAAUGAUUCAGAAAAUUUUUUCAAGAAGAAUGGCGCCAUGGAUAUCUUAUUGUGUGGCAACAGCUCAGAUGCUGGCUCCUGUCCAGAUAAAUAUGUAUGUCUAAAAGUUGGGAAAAAUCCUGAUUAUGGCUACACAAGUUUUGAUACGUUUGGCUGGGCCUUUCUUUCCUUGUUCCGCCUGAUGACACAAGAUUACUGGGAGCGUCUCUAUCAACAGACUCUCAGAGCUUCUGGAAAAAUCUACAUGCUCUUUUUUAUGCUGGUCAUCUUUGUGGGUUCAUUUUAUCUGAUCAACUUGAUCCUGGCUGUAGUGACUAUGGCAUACGAAGAGCAGAACAAAGCUACUAUUGCUGAAACUGAGGCAAAGGAAAGGAAGUUUCAGGAAGCCAUGGAACUGUUGAAAAAAGAGCAAGAGGCAUUGGCUGCUAAAGGAUAUGAUACAAAGUCACAUUGCUCCUUUGAAAUGUCACCUUUACCCGCUGAAGAAGUCAAAGAUAGAAGCAAUAGGAGGAAUAAAAAUAUGUCCUUAGGGAUAGAAGAUUACGGGGAAGAUCGAAAAGUUCCCAAAUCACAGUCCAGUAGCUGUCAACAAAACUCGGUUCUCCUUGUACUUACUUGUGGUCCCAGUGCAAACCAAAUGAAAUGCAGGCUCAGCCAUGGAAGCAUAUUCAAUUUCCAGUUACCUAGCAGAGACAUUGGCUCCAAAACUGAUUUUGGUGAUGAUGAGAUCUUCAGUGCUUUGGAAAAUGAAAUCCAAUGCAGGUUAUGGUUGAUGACACCUAUGUUAGGACAGCCAAGUGUGCAAAGUCAAAUGAGCCAUAAUUAUGACUCUGCUACUCCAAAUCAAAUGCAGAAUAGCAAGUGGAACAAUAUAGAUGGUUUCAGUGGCGUGAUUUCAUUGAUGGGAGAAGAAGGUACCAGGGCAUGCAGUUUAGAAUCAACUUCUCCUCAAGGAUUAUUGCUUCACCCAGUUAUGAAAAACCUUAGAAUAGAUGAUUUGAUCCCUGUAUGUGAUGAAGUGAGCAAGAAGCAUUUGCUCCAUCAUCUGUCAGUGGACUAUUUUAAUGAGCCACUACAAAGACAAAAGGCAACUGAGGCAGUCAGUACCAUUACCUGUGUCCUGGAGGAACUUGAAGAAUCGCAACAGAAAUGCCCUUCCCGCUUGAAGGACUUUGCCCUAAAAUAUCUUAUUUGGGACUGUUGUCCACUGUGGUUGAGAAUCAAGAAAAAGGUGACAAUUUUAGUAAUGGAUCCAUUUACUGACCUCACCAUCACUUUUUGCAUCGUGAUGAAUACUAUCUUCAUGGCACUAGAGCACUAUAAAAUGAGAAGAAAUUUAAAAUUCAUGCUUGAUGUAGGCAACAAGGUCUUUACUGGAAUUUUUACUGCAGAAAUGGUCUUGAAAAUCAUUGCUCUAGAUCCCUACUACUAUUUUCAGCAGCGCUGGAAUAUUUUUGACAGCUUAAUUGUCACUCUAAGCUUAAUUGACCUGAGUUUACCCACCAAAGGUAAAGGAAGAAAAGAACGAGGAAACCUGUUAGUUUUACGUUCCUUCAAACUGCUGAGGGUCUUCAAACUGGCAAAGUCCUGGACGACUUUGAAUACACUUAUUAAAAUCAUUGGUAACUCAGUGGGUGCCGUGGGUAACCUUACCCUGGUUCUGGCGAUCAUCGUCUUUAUUUUUGCUGUAGUAGGAAUGCAACUUUUUGGUAAAAGCUACAAAGAACAUGCCUAUAAAAUAAGUAAGGAUGGCAAGCCACGUUGGCAUACGAUGGAUUUUUUCCACUCAUUCCUUAUUAUAUUCCGAAUUCUGUGUGGAGAAUGGCUUGAAACCAUGUGGGAUUGUAUGGUGGUAGCUGAGCAACCAUUAUGCCUUAUUGUCUUCUUGCUGGCCAUGGUGAUAGGAAACCUAGUGGUUCUCAACCUGUUCAUUGCACUACUGCUGAACUCCUUCAGUGCUGACAACCUUCAAGCACCUGAAGAUGAUGCAGAGAUGAACAACCUUCAGAUUGCAUUUGCUCGGAUCCACAAAGGACUUCGCUUGCUGAAACACUCAACAUGGGAUUACUGUUGUGGAAAGCUCCGGCAUCCAAAGAAAGUCACCAAAAAGAAAAUUAAAUUGGCUGCUGAGAACACAUGUGUGGAGAUUGGGAAAGAAGGGAAGAAGUGUAAAGAAAAUCACAGUAACAAUGUGACUGAGAAAAAUGGAGAAAAAUGCUCAGUUAGCAUUCUUGAAGAUUUUAUCACCAACCCCAACAUGUUUGUCUGCGUCCCGAUUGCUGAGGCAGAAUCUGAUAGUGAGGACUAUGAAGAUGAUGAUGAUAAUCCAAGUACAUUCACAGAAAUGGAGAACAGUAAACAGCAACUUGAUGAUAUCAGCUGUUCUGAAGGCAGCACAGUGGAUCUGACAAAUCCUGAGGAGCUUCUGAAACAGAUCCCUGAGCUAGCUGAAUACUUAAAGAAACCUGAUAAGUGUUUUCCAGAAGGCUGUGUUCGACGUUCCCCUUGCUGCUCAGUGAAUACCACAAAGUUUCCAGGAAAAACAUGGUGGAACCUGAGGAAAACAUGCUACAAAAUUGUUGAACACAACUCUUUCGAAAGCUUUAUCAUAUUCAUGAUUCUGCUAAGCAGUGGAAGCCUGGCAUUUGAAGAUAUACAUCUUGAGAAAAGAAAAAACAUUAAAAUUAUGUUGGAAUUUUUUGAUAAAAUCUUCACUUACAUCUUUGUCCUGGAGAUAUUUCUGAAAUGGGUGGCUUAUGGCUUCAAGAAAUACUUCACCAAUGCUUGGUGUUGGCUUGACUUCCUAAUUGUAGGUGUCUCUUUAGCAAGCCUUAUAGCUAACUCACUUGGAUAUGCCGAAAUGGGACCCAUGAAAUCCCUUAAAACCCUGAGAGCAUUGAGACCAUUAAGGGCAUUGUCACAAUUCGAAGGGAUGAGGGUGGUUGUGAAUGCCCUAGUAGGUGCCAUCCCUUCUAUCAUGAAUGUUGUGCUUGUCUGCCUCAUUUUUUGGCUCGUUUUUAGUAUCAUGGGAGUGAACCUAUUUGCAGGAAAAUUUGGAAAAUGCAUUAACUUGACUGAAGAAACAUCAGGAUUAAAUGAAAGUAUUAGGAACAAAUUGGAUUGCACAACCUAUAAUGACACGCAAAAAAUAUAUUGGACAAAUGCUAAGGUCAACUUUGAUAAUGUUGGUUCUGGUUAUCUGGCUCUUCUUCAGGUGGCAACAUUUAAAGGUUGGACAGACAUUAUGUAUGCAGCAGUAGAUUCACGAGGGGUAGAAAAGCAGCCACGGAAGGAACAUAAUCUGUACAUGUACCUCUAUUUUGUGGUUUUCAUCAUCUUUGGAUCUUUCUUCACACUGAAUCUUUUUGUUGGUGUCAUUAUUGACAAUUUUAACCAACAAAAGAAAAAGAUAAGUAGACAAGACAUCUUUAUGACAAAAGAACAAAGAAAAUACUAUAACGCAAUGAAAAAACUGGGAUCCAAGAAACCCCAAAAACCCAUCCCAAGGCCAUUGAACAAAUACCAAGGGUUUUUUUUUGACAUUGUAACAAGCCAAGCCUUUGAUGUUAUCAUCAUGAUUCUCAUCUGCCUUAACAUGAUCACUAUGAUGGUGGAAACUGAUGAUCAAAGUAUAAGGAAGACUGACAUUCUUAACAAAAUCAACAUGUUCUUUGUUGCCAUCUUUGCUGUAGAAUGCACCGUGAAAUUGUUGGCUCUGAGACACUAUUACUUCACCAAUGGCUGGAACAUAUUUGAUUUAAGUGUGGUCAUUAUGUCUAUUGUUGGCACUCUGCUUUCUGACAUUGUUAAUGCAUUUGAAAAUUACUUCUCACCUACACUCUUCAGAGUCAUUCGGUUGGCUGAGAUUGGACGAAUAUUAAGACUUGUCCGAGCUGCCAAAGGAAUUAGAACUCUCCUUUUUGCCUUAAUGAUGUCCCUUCCUGCUCUGUUCAACAUUGGUCUCCUCCUUUUUCUGGUCAUGUUUAUUUAUGCCAUUUUUGGCAUGGCUAACUUUGCUUAUGUUCCAUGGGAGAGUGGGAUUGAUGACAUGUUCAACUUCCAAACCUUUGCUAACAGCAUUCUUUGUCUCUUCCAAAUGACAACAUCUGCUGGCUGGGAUGGUCUUCUCAGUCCUAUUUUAAACACUGGACCUCCGUUUUGUGAUCCUAACAUACAAGGUGCUGUGGGAGAAUGUGGUAAACCUGCUGUGGGUAUUAUUUUCUUUGUAAGUUACAUCAUUAUAUCAUUUCUCAUUGUUGUAAAUAUGUAUAUAGCUGUUAUUUUAGAGAACUUCAACGUUGCCACUGAGGAAAGUACAGAUCCUGUAGGUGAAGAUGACUUUGAUAUGUUUUAUAAAAUCUGGGAGAAGUUUGAUCCUGAAGCAACUCAAUUUAUUGAGUAUUCUGCACUUUCAAACUUUGCAGAUGCUUUGGCAGAACCUUUACGUGUAGCCAAACCAAACAAAAUUGAGCUCCUAGCAAUGGACCUUCCCUUGGCCAGCGGAGAUAGGAUUCACUGUUUGGAUAUUUUGUUUGCUUUUACCAAACGGGUGCUAGGAGAAUCUGGGGAAAUGGACAAACUAAAAGAACAGACAGAGGAAAAGUUUAUGGCUGCCAAUCCAUCUAGGUUUUUUCAUGAACCAAUCACAACCACGCUCAGACACAAAGAAGAGGAGGUUUCUGCCAUUAUUAUCCAGAGGGCCUAUAGGAGUCAUUUGAUUCAACGGUCCAUGAAGCAGGCCUCUCUCUUAUAUCAUAGAACUUGUGAUGGUGACAUCCUUGAAGAUGCUUCACAGAAGGAAGGUCUCAUUGCAUUCAUGAUGAAUGAAAAUUAUGGUAAGAAUCUAGACAAGUCCGAGACUGUGUCUUCAACAUCUUUCCCUCCAUCCUAUGACAGUGUCACCGGGGACACUAAUGACAACCUCCAGGUAAAGACGGCGGACUCUUCCAAAUGUGAUGUACCUAUAGGUUGUCGGCUAUCUCCAGACAAAGAUAAAGAAUCCAUUGUUUAA